GCAUAGUUUGAGCUUUGAAGAGAUAAUAGAUAGCCUAUUGGCCUAUUUCUGACAACAGUUUUGCUACCAUGUAUAUUUUUUUUAAAAAUCAUGUUUCUUUAGCAAAUUAUGUUGUGCCGGCUCCAUGCAUGAGCUAAUUCUUUUUGGGGUGUGGAUUCUAAAUUCUGAUAGAAAACACUGCUGCUGGGAGGUCAAACCGCUCGGAAAACACUCGCGUCACGUACUUAUGUUGUUUCUUCUUUGGCUUUAGGAGCUAGCCGAGCAAGCUAGCAUUUCUCUUGUUAUGUGAUGACACAACUAACUGUGGAUUUGAUCACCAAAAAACGAAUCUUUUGUAGGUUUAGUGUUGGCCCCUACUCGUUUUGUUUUUAUUUCUGAUUUUUGGUUGGUGGCUACUGCUACUGCUAGCUGACAAGAGUAUAUAUCUAUCAAGUAUCAAUUUCUGCUUGGAAUUAGAAACCCAUAAUCUUGUGAUUUUUUUAUUCUUUCUCAAGUAUCUGCCACUCUUCCUUUUCUUCUUCUUCUUCUUGGGAGAGAUUAGUGGUUAACAUUGUGGAAGAUUUCCUGGAUUUGACGGUGGUUGUUCCCCCACUAGCUUUUGGAACUGUUGAUACUCAACUUGUGUUGUUUACUAUUGUGGGCGAGUUUGAUCCAUGGAGUUUGGUUUGGUCUGAAAGUGGGGCAUUUAUGUUUAUUGCUAUGUUCCUGGCUUGUGUCUGUGUUCUACCUCACGUGGUUCAAUAGCAGUGGAAGAUUGAAGACCAAGAUCUCAGGGAACGGGUUCAAGGUUCAGCAACACAAGUACCAAAGUAUUGGAUCCAUGAAACUGAAGAGUGGUUGGGUGAGGAGGGCUUUUUAUUCAUGGAUUCUAGUUUGUACGUUGGGAGGUUUGUACGGGUUCUGGCGCAUGAGCAUACAUGCUUGUGAGCAGAGGAAAGAAAGUCUAAUAAGCAUGUGUGAUGAAAGAGCAAGGAUGCUGCAGGAUCAGUUCAAUGUGAGCAUGAACCAUAUACAAGCCAUGUCCAUUUUGAUAAAAACCUUCCACCAUAACAUGAACCCCUCGGCCAUUGAUCAGAGCACUUUUGCUAGAUACACUGAAAGAACCUCGUUUGAGAGGCCCCUCACAAGUGGUGUUGCAUACGCUGUAAGAGUGCUCCAUUCUCAAAGGGAACAGUUUGAGAAGCAACAAGGAUGGACUAUUAAGAAGAUGGAUACUUUGCAACCAUCCCUUGUUCAAGAAGAAUAUGCUCCUGUCAUCUUUGCACAAGAUACAAUUGCACAUGUCAUUUCUCUUGACGUGCUAUCUGGAAAGGAAGACCGUGAGAAUGUGCUCCGAGCAAGGGAGUCAGGCAAAGGAGUUUUAACUGCACCCUUUCGGCUUCUCAAAACGAAUCGCCUUGGGGUAAUCCUCACAUUUGCUGUCUACAAGAGAAAUCUUCCAUCCAAUUCAACCCUUGAUCAGAGGAUUCAAGCAACUGAUGGAUAUCUUGGUGGAGUCUUUGAUGUUGAGUCGUUAGUGGAGAAACUACUGCAACAACUUGCUAGUGAGAAAGCUGUAGUUGUUAAUGUGUAUGAUACUACCAAUAAUACACAUCCCAUUGUCAUGUACGGUUCAAAUGUAUCAAGGGACUCUUUCUCUCAUGUCAGCACUCUUAACUUUGGAGACCCUCUCAGGAAGCAUGAGAUGCACUGCAGGUUCAAACAAAAACUGCCAUGGCCAUGGUUGGCAUUUAAUACUUCUGUAGGAGGCUUUAUUAUUUGUGUCCUUCUUGGGUAUAUUUUCUAUGCCACCUGCAAUCGAGUUGUAAAAGCGGAAGAGGAUCGGGAUGAGAUGACUGAGCUUAAAAAGCGAGCUGAGGCGGCUGAUAUUGCAAAAUCCCAGUUUCUUGCUACUGUGUCCCACGAGAUUAGAACACCAAUGAAUGGGGUUUUAGGGAUGUUGCAUAUGCUUAUGGACACGGAUCUAGACGUAACCCAACAGGAGUAUGUGAGAACGGCGCAGGGAAGUGGAAAAGCUUUGGUGUCACUUAUAAACGAGGUAUUGGAUCAGGCAAAGAUUGAAGCUGGUAAGCUGGAGCUUGAAGCUUCGCUGUUUGACUUGCGUGCUGUUUUGGAUGAUAUAUUAUCAUUAUUUUCAGAAAAGUCUCAAGGAAAAGGAAUAGAGUUGGCAGCUUAUGUAUCAGAUGAGGUUCCUGAGCUGUUAAUAGGUGAUGCAGGAAGGUUUAGGCAAAUAAUUACCAAUCUCAUGGGUAAUUCAAUUAAGUUCACAGAGAAAGGGCAUAUUUAUGUGACUGUCCAUCUUGUUGAGGAGGUGGUCCAUUCGAUACAGAUUGAUAAAGAAUUAGGCAUGGAAAAUGUAAAUACCCUGAGUCUGAGUGGUUUCCCUGUUGCCGAUAGUCGAAAAAGCUGGGAAGGCUUCAAAGCAUUCAGUCAAGUAGGGCCUCUUGGUUCUUUCUCAUCCUCUGUUACUGAUGUAAUCAAUUUGAUUGUAUCGGUUGAGGACACUGGCGAAGGAAUCCCUCUGGAAGCGCAGUCUCGAAUCUUCACUCCGUUCAUGCAGGUUGGUCCUUCCGUUUCCCGGAGACAUGGUGGAACAGGUAUUGGCCUAAGCAUUAGCAAGUGUUUGGUUGGUCUCAUGAAUGGCCAAAUUGGAUUUGUCAGCAUACCUAAGAUUGGAUCCACCUUCACUUUCACUGCUCUCUUCACCAAUUCAACUGAUUGCAAAAUUCAGCAACUCAACAACAACAGCAACCACUCUAAUCCUCCAUCUUCAGAAUUUCAGGGAAUGACCGCAUUAACGGAAGGCAACCAGAUUAUCAAUAUGGUACUUAUUGAGCAGGAAGUGUGGGAUAGAGAUUCAGCCAUGUCAUCUCGCUUUGUCGAUGGCGCCAGUAGAGUAGUUCAUCAUGGCGUUCCUCCUAAGUUGUUCAUUCUUGUUAAUUCUAAUGGUUGGACAUCAGGUAUUGGUAAUCCCACUGUGAUCGUAAAACCUCUGAGAGCAAGUAUGCUUGCUGCCUCGCUGCAGCGAGCCAUGGGUGUUACUUGCCGAAAUGGGGAGCUUCCGGGUUUAUCUGUUGGCCACCUUCUUGGCGGGAAGAAAAUUCUAAUUGUAGAUGACAAUGUUGUGAACCGCACCGUAGCAGCUGGUGCUUUGAAAAAGUAUGGAGCAGAUGUGGUGUGUGUUAGCAGCGGAAAAGAGGCCAUCUCUAAACUAAAACCACCUCAUGAGUUCGAUGCGUGCUUCAUGGAUAUUCAAAUGCCAGAAAUGGACGGUUUUGAAGCUACAAAGAAAAUAAGGGAGAUGGAACGUUGCGCCAAGAGAGAAGGUUUUGUAGAUAACUUAUCAAAAUGGGAUGUCCCUAUUUUGGCCAUGACUGCAGACGUGAUCCAGGCCACCCAUGAGGAGUGUGUAAGGUGUGGCAUGGAUGGAUAUGUUUCUAAACCGUUUGAAGCCGAACAGCUUUAUCGAGAAGUCUCAAGGUUUUUCCACUCCUGAAUAAUGUCCACAAUACAGAUUAUUUUAGUAAGUAAUACUGUACUUUGGAGGCUAGGAGCCAAGUUUGUUUGUUGUGAUUGAUAAAAAAUUCUUCUUAGGGUAUUAGAACCCGUUGAUUCUUCCAUGUAGCAUCUGAUCUUCAUCCUCGGUAUAAAUUGAAAAUAAUUGAGGGAAUUUGAAGAAUCAGAUAUACAUAUUAACCAGAUUUACAUUAUGCUCUUCAUCUUUGUGCAUAUGAUGUAAUAUUUGUAAUAAUUCAAGUUAUAGUACUCCACCCUGCUAAUGUUAAAUUUAUGUAACUCAUAAGAAGUUGAUUUAUAUGUAAGUAAAUAGAAGAAAGAAAAUCACCAAUGUAUAGCAGCAGCCUUGCUUUCUUUUAUUC